AUACGAUUCUUACGAUAUUAUAUUUACAAAAUUAAAGGUUUUUUGGGAAUUCGUAUUGAUUUACAUACACUUUCAUAUAAUAGCAGACGAAAUGGAUUCUACAAAUGAAAGGGACAGACUGGCGUGCCUCAAAAAAAUACUAUCAAACGUUCUUCAUAAAAACCGAUACUGUUGUUUAUGUUUUGGAAGUGAAAAUAACCUCUCUUCUAUGGAAGAGAACUUAUUCAUCACUAAUUGGGAAGGCAGCGGUGUGAUUUCAUUAGAAUCUAUCCUGGAAUCAGUGUUUGGAGACGAAAAAGUCAUGUCAAUGCUACCAACAAGGCUUCUAUGCGACAGCUGCAGGGACAAUGCAGUCAACUCUUACAUAUUCGUGAACAAUACAAGACACUCAGUGGAACUCCUGGAUAAAUACCUUAAGGAACUAUCAGAAAAAGUUGCUAGCGUUGAAAAUAAUAUUAAUGACACCACAAAUUUUGAUGCCACAUACAUAGUGCUCAAUGAUACAUCAAGAAAAAAGAAUUCUCUGAGCAAAAUAAAUGAAAAAGAUGAAGAAACUGGAACCAAAAACAUUGGAGAAAUUUCAAAUUUUCACCCAAAGAAGCUAAAAGUAGUUAAACUUUACACUUGUCAUUACUGUGAUAAGAAAUUUAUUGCGAAGCCAGGUUUAUCCUACCAUAUAAACAAAGUGCACACCAAAUAUUAUGCCCGUAAACAUAAUGCGGUGAAGCAAAAAGGAGUUAAGAGAUACAUUCGAAAGUAUGAGUGUCCUGACUGUGUUUCUACGGAUUGUGAACACAAGAAGUAUCUGAACGCAUACAAAGUACAACGGUUAGCAGGUGAAAAACUUAUCAAAUGCCCAGAUUGCGACUAUAGCUGUUAUCUAAAAACAUACCUAAUAGCACAUGCCAACAAGAUCCAUUUAAAGACAUUCAAUUUCAAAUGUGAAGUGUGCAGCAAACCGCUGCAUUCCAAAAUGGCGUACAAAAUACACAAAAAAAACUAUCAUUCGAACUACGAAAGCUGCCAGUACUGCGAACGGAAGUUUAUGUUUACGAAGAAUUUAAAACAACACAUGGAAACAUGCAAGGAGGUUGUAAGAGAUUACAAAUGUGACGUUUGUCUUGUGUCUAUGGAAAGUAACGAGAAACUGGCAGCGCAUAAAAAGAAACAUAUAAAGGAGUAUCCAUGCAAUCUUUGCAAUAAAGUUCUAUCAACCCCAGGAAUGCUACGUAUUCACAAACAAAUGCACCAGUCUAACCAACGAAUGAAAACCAAAUACAACUAUUCCUGUCAUGUUUGCAACAAAAGUUUUUCAGCCUUGAAAGAAAGAGAAGAACACAUAAGGACCCAUGGGGCAGACGAAACGGCUCAGUGUAUAAAGUGUAAUAUAGAAUUUGUGAAUGUUCGUGAUUAUAUGAAACAUUUGCAAUCGGCACUACAUAAAGGGGCGUUGCCUUUACGCACUAGAUUUGAGUGUAACUAUUGCAACUAUAAUAGUAGCACAGAGUUUUCAUUGGAAGCUCAUAUCAAUCGAUAUCAUCUCAAGAUAGCCCCAUACCCCUGUGACGAAUGCAGCAAAAGUUUCACAAACAAACUGAAGCUAUACGGACACAAGAAAACACACGAGAAAACUAAAACAUACAAGUGCGAUGUUUGUGAAAACUACUUCUGCGGGCCGACCUCUUUGAAGAAACACAUGAGGUUGCAUACAGGGGAAAGGCCUUAUGCUUGUGAGUUUUGUUCGGAAAAGUUCGUGAGCGUCGGCGUAAAAAAUCUCCACAUCCAGAGAAAGCACAACAGCAAAUCCAUAUCUUGUCCUUUAUGUGACAGGAUGUUCAAUACUUUGACAGAGAUGAGAAGCCACUUCAAGAGGAUGCAUUGGAAAUUUAAAGGAGAGGAAUUUGAUGUGAGGAAAGUCGAGGGGUUGAGCGAAGAACAUUAUGACUUGUUUAGGGAUAGACGGAUGUUGACUUUAAACUAAUUUAUAUUUAUUUAUUGAUUUAUAAACACUUUAUUGUAUACAUAGAAAACACAGUUACAAAAAUGGGACUUAAAAGUUGUGUAUACAAAGGCGGGCUUAUUGCCAAGAAGCAAUUUCUUCCAACCAACCUUUGUUUUGUAAUUGUGUGUGUGUAUUAUAAUUAAGACGUGCAGAUAAAGGGAACAGCACACAUAAACGUAACGUAAACGGAUCGCCUUUGACCCGAGCUUGUCCCGAGGCGAGGCGAUUACGUUACGAUUCCCAUUAAGUGUGCGUUGCAGCAGGGAGUUUCAUACAAAGAAUGCUGAACGGCUCGAGUUGAUACGUCCACGAUCCCUUUCCGAUUUGAUAUGUGUGCUGUGACCUCAAAAAAUAUGAAAAUUACGGUCGUAAAAACAACUACUACCUACUGAAUGUGUGUGUGUGUGAGUGUUUCAGAUAAUAAACUGAGUAAGCAAUUA